CAGCACUGUCGAUUAUCGAUAACAUAAACGCCGCUAAUCAAAAAGUAAGAGGAAGAACCAUAACAAUCUAGAAUUUGUAAAGAAUAAACAAAUAUUUCUUUUAAAGUAAAUUAUGACUGACUUCGGUGGAGAUUCUGGUGGCAGGCUGAAGGGUGUGACUAUUGUUAAACCCAUUGUUUACGGAAACAUAGCGCGUUCCUUCGGUAAAAAGCGCGAGGAGGACGGACACACGCAUCAGUGGAAGGUCUAUUUGAAGCCUUAUUACAAUGAAGACAUGUCCGCUUAUGUGAAAAAGGUCCACUUUAAGCUACACGAGAGCUAUGCCAACCCAAACCGAAUUGUUGUGAAACCCCCCUACGAGAUCACCGAGACCGGCUGGGGCGAAUUUGAAGUGGUUAUCAAAAUAUACUUUAACGACCAGUCGGAGCGCCCUGUGACCUGCUACCACAUUUUGAAGCUGUUCCAGUCGCCUGUGGUUGAUGGCGAACUCACAUCUAGUACCACAAUGGACACCAAGAAAGGCCUGGUUUCGGAAUCUUACGAAGAAAUUGUCUUUCAGGAGCCAACCCAGAUCAUGCAACACUAUCUGCAUCUCUCCGAACAGAGCGCCAAUGGAAUGUUAACCCACGACACUGACUUUGAGGAAAAAAAGAUCAAGACCCUGGACAAUAUUGUAAAUGUAAAACAAAAGGUGAAAGGAGAGAUUGUCACUCUUAAGGACAAACUUAAGCUGGCCCGGGAAACUAUUUCAAAAUUCAAGGCGGAGCUGGCAAAAGUGCAGAAGCCACCGGCUUAACAUUCGUUGGUCUAUACACAUCUCUCAACUGAUUAAUUUAGGCAUGAUUUUUGCAUAUAUUUGUAAAAAAUUUUUCUUUAAGCUAGUUUGUAAGUCAUUAAAUUCAAAAAUCAAAUA